CGUGUAAUUAAAGUCCAGACGAUCUGUUUGAAGUGUUUUUGACAUAUUUUUUUACUUUAGAAAUCAAAGUUAUACUUUGGUAGUAUCACUUUAAGAAGUUUCCUUCUGUAAUCAUAGAUAAACAGAGUAGCAUGUCAGGUUUGACCAAUGUCCACUCGGCGUAGACACACACCAGAGACUGGUUGGGAUCAGCAGCCGUAUCUUUCACAGAAUAAUUGGACAGUAACCACCCACAACGUUGAGAAGGAGAAAAGUCAGGCCUCAGUGCCGUUUGAGCAAGAGAUGACGUGCCGAGAUAGAACACAGGAGUUCAGCUCGGCUAUCAAGUCAAUACAGUCAAGACAAGGCAAUGGAGUUGCACAGGGUAGAAGACCGGCUUCCAGGACACAUCAGCAUACAGAGUUCAUGUUAAUAGCUAAGCAAAUUGGGAAAGACAUCACAAACACAUUUACAAAGCUAGAGAAAUUAACAAUAUUGGCCAAGAGGAAAUCUCUAUUUGACGAUAAAUCGAUCGAAAUCCAGGAAUUGACGUAUAUAAUUAAACAAGAUAUCAACAGCCUUAACAAACAGAUUGGUCAGCUACAACAGGUUGUCCGGCAGAGAAAUUCCCAAAAUGGACGCCAUAUGCAAACACAUUCCAAUACAGUGGUAUUGGCCCUGCAAUCCAAACUGGCCAACAUGUCCAAUGACUUCAAGACAGUACUGGAAGUCCGAACACAGAAUUUGAAAGAUCAGAAGGACAGGAGAGAGCAGUUCUCACAAGGUCCAAUCGCCUCAAGUCUGCCACCAUCUGCCAUGAGUGCCUCCGGGGGUUCUGUCCUUCUUCAAGAGGAGCAGAAGAAUGACUUUGCCAUCGACAUGAGCUCUAUGGACGGCCCACGACACCGCACCCAGCAGAUGGCCAUGGUGGAAGAACAAGACAACUAUGUGAAGAAUAGAGAAGAGACGAUGCACAGCAUUGAGAGUACGAUAGUGGAGCUCAGUAGUAUAUUCCAGCAGCUGGCACAUAUGGUGAAGGAACAAGAAGAACAAGUCCAAAGGAUCGACAACAACAUAGAGGACACGACCUUGAACGUGGAGGCAGCUCAUGGGGAGAUUCUCAAGUAUUUCCAGUCGGUCACCUCAAACAGAUGGCUCAUGGUCAAGGUGUUCAUUGUACUCAUAGUCUUCUUUGUUAUAUUCGUCGUCUUCUUGGCCUGAGAAAGCUAAGAAUAAUAUAAUCUUUUGAACCAUCAGAAUCUCAUAAACAACCCUCGACCCCACCCGCCUUUAUCAUUCAGACUCUAUCCAUGACUGGAACCAUGUCAACAUAGGCUGUUGGUCUUUGUGUCUCUUUAAACAUGUUCACUACAUGUACUCAUCACCUUCUACGUUAUUUUUGUCGUAUUCUUGGCCUGAGAAAGCUAAGAGGUAUUCCUUUGAACCAUCAGAAUCUUCAAAAACACCCCUGCCCCCACCUGCUUUUUUCAUUCAGCAGGCCUGAUUCUUCACGGAGGCAACAAAGGC